CCCAGAUCUCAAAAUGACAACCACAACAACAACAAACCAACCGCAGCAAGAACCCCCCCAAAAAAGCUUCACAGCCCACCUAAUCGCCUCCUUCACAUCCCCCAUAUCCUCUCUCCCCACGCCAGCCCCAGAACCCCUCUACAAGCCCGCAGAAGUGCCACGGAUCAAGAAGGCAAAGAGACUGACGGGCACGCGCACCAAGCAGCUCAUCCGCGCUGCGGACCGCGGCCAUGAUGAUCCGCCGCCGCCGCCGGGGCUGGGCGAGUGCUGUGGGAGCUCGUGUGAUCCGUGCGUGACUGAUCUGUGGAGAGAGGAAUUGGCGUGCUGGAGGGAGCGUUGGGGGGAGGGUGCUGUGGAGAAGAAGGAGGAGGAUCGCAAGGAUGGGGAGGGUGGGCUUACCGGGGGAGGGAGGUGUACUAUGCCUGGGAGUUUUGAUUGGUGA